GACCCUUUCAAUUCCCCUAUCCCAUCCACAGCUGUACGUAUAUAUACACCCACACAGCACUGCAGAGAGAGAAUCAGAAACGAUCGCGGCUCACGGCGACGCCUGGGGUGCGUGAAUAUCGUUGCGUUAGUUUUCAUCUCCAGAAAUCAUUAUCAACCGAUCGAAAAAAUCGUUCUCAACAUUGACCAAUUCUUCUUUCGAGGGUUAGGGUUUGGUUUACUGACAUGGAAUCCACUAUAGUGAUCAAGGUUAAGUAUGGAGAAACUCUUCGCCGCUUCAAUGCACGAGUUAAUGAAGUUGGACAACUUGACCUUGACAUUGGCGGAUUGAGGGGCAAGGUUAUUGGGUUCUUCAAUUUUGCCCCUGAUGCUGAUCUUUCACUCACGUACAUCGAUGAAGAUGGUGACGUGGUGACACUUGUUGAUGAGGAGGAUCUAUGUGACGUGGUGAGGCAAUCCCUGAAUCCUUUGAGGAUCACUGUUAAGUUGAAAGCUGAAAGUGGUGGUAGAUUUCAUGCUAGGUCAAGCGGAAAUUCUACUCCUAUGAGAUCAUCACCUAGACUUCAGUAUCCAUUGCCAAACUUGAAUAGCAGUGUUUCUGGAUACUUGAUACCUGUUCUCGAGCCUCUCCGUGAAACACUCUCUAAGAUGGGGGUUGACAUGGCCUCUAAUGCAUCCCCAUCUUCAGUGCUCGCAGAAGUUGCUGACUGUUUCUCAAAGAUGGGACUAUCCCAUGCAAAUCCUGUUUCCGAGUUCCAGGCUGGCACUGAAUCUAGCUCACAGAGUGUGGCUUCAGGAAGCGCAAUGGGUGCAUCAAUGACCAGUAAAAAAGCAGAGACUUCGAGGGAUGCUGGGCUCACAUCAUAUGCGUUUCCAAAUGCCAAAGUUGAAGAGCCAUCCUCCAAAGCCGAUCAGAAGGUGGAUAGUGUAAAAAGCGUAGGAGGUUUGGGUUCCCUAAAUCUCGAUGCUGAACUCCCAAGUGAUUCUUCCCUCUCUGAAUAUGUAUCUGAAAUUCUUGCUCCGGCUGCAUCUCACAACAGCGUUGGUGACAACAAGGGAUGGUUGAAGAAAUUUGUUGAUUGUCGUACAUUUGAGAAGGCUGUUAACUCAGGAUGCGUGGACCCUAAGGCACUCUUUUCUAGCGUCCCUACUUGUGACAAUACUAAAGAUGUUAAGGAGUCAAGCAAAGGCUGGAAUUCCGCCAGUAAUGAUUCUUUCCCAAGUACUUCUGAUACUACGGGGCAUUCUGUCAUGGGUACUACUGCUAAUUUGGGUGGCAGGGUAGAUGCCAAAGUGCCUCCAAUGAAGCUUGCCAGCAAAUGUCCAUUUCCUGUAGCAUAUGAUUCAGCGGUGUCAUAUACCCAUAAUGAUUUGCGUGUGCAUCCAUUUAAAAGGACCUAUACUCAUAAUGAUGGCAUGGGCUUUGCAUUCCAUAGAGGUGUUCAGUGUGAUGGCUGUGGUGUUCAUCCCAUAGUUGGAUUCCGCUUUAAGUCCAUAGUGAAAGAGGACUAUGACCUAUGCAGCGUCUGCUUCUCAUGUAUGGGAGUAGCAACUGAUUACGUCAGACUUGACCGUCCAGCACCUUCUCAACAGCCGCAGUCUUUCAAGGGGUUGUGUGAUCCUCAACCCUGGGCGCGUUCUUCCACACUACCAGAUAACAUGAGAGGUUUUGAGAUGAAACCGAGACAACUGAAGUUGGACAGUCGCUUCAUUAUGGAUGUUAAUGUCAUGGAUGGUACUCUUAUGGCUCCGUCAACCCUAUUCACUAAGAUUUGGCGGUUAAGGAACAGUGGAACCAUUGUGUGGCCUCAGGGUACAAAAUUAUCGUGGAUCGGUGGAGAUAAAUUGAGCGCUUCACUCUCCAUUGAUUUGCAGAUCUCAGCUGAUGGUAUACCCCUGGAAAAUGAGCUUGAUAUUUCCGCUGAUUUUACCGCUCCUGAGCUUCCUGGUCGCUAUGUCUCAUACUGGAGGAUGGCCUCACCAUCUGGCCAAAAGUUUGGGCAACGUGUUUGGGUUCUUAUCCAGGUUGAUACCUCUUUGAAAGACUCGUUUGUGAGCUUUCGGGGUCUGAACUUAAAUUUGCCACCUCAAGACAGUGGUAUUGCAGACCCCGAAAGUGUAAAUGGAAAUGUGGAACCCAUGAUGGUGGAGCCUUUAGUUGAUGCACACCCAUAUAAGAACCAGGAGCUGGAUUUCCCCACAAAUGAUACUUUGCUAGUUGGUAGUGGUAGUGGUGUCUCAAACACUGUUCUUCCAGAGGCUUGUACAUCAGUUUCGUUUCCCAUCACUCAGAUAGCAUCAGCAGUGCCUUCUGGGACAUAUGUGUCAUCACCAAGUACAAUUGUGCCUAAAACAGUUCAAGGGACUAGUGAAAACAAUGAUGUUGAGCAGAGCCUCCUUAAGGAACUUGAGGAGAUGGGUUUCAAGCAGAUUGAUCUAAAUAAGGAGAUUUUGAGGUUGAAUGGAUAUAACUUGGAGCGGUCUUUGGAUGAUCUCUGUGGUAUUGCUGAGUGGAAUCCUAUCCUUGAGGAGCUGCGGGAGAUGGGUUUCUGUGAUAAAGAAAUGAACAAGAAGCUGCUGAAGAAGAACUUUGGAAGCAUCAAGCGUGUGGUCAUGGACCUCAUUACUGGAGAGAAGGCAUAGCCUGAGAGUGUCUUAUUUAUGAUCAAUAUUAUAUAUAGUAGAUGGUAUAUGCUAAAUAAAAUCAAAGGGUAGCAGAAACUAUGAAACGUUUUGGUUUUCUUGUGUUUUUCUGGGUACUUCAUCAUAGAUCACAAAAUGGUGAACUUGUGGCUUAUGGACCUAUAUGCAUAAAGAGCUUUGUUUAUAUGUUUAAUGCAUCAGGUGCUUUGGAGAA